ACUAUAUCGAAAAGCAGCAGAAAUUUGUAUUUAUACACGUGAGUUUAAUUUGAAUAAAAAUGGUUAGAAAAUUAAAAUAUCAUGAACAGAAGUUGUUAAAGAAAGUUGAUUUCAUUUCUUGGGAGGUAGAUAAUAACUUACAUGAAAUAAAAAUCCUGAAAAAAUACCAUAUUCAAAGAAGAGAAGACUACACAAAGUAUAACAAACUGGCCCGAAAUAUUAGGGAAUUAGCUAGGAAAAUAAAAGAAAUAGAUCCUAAACACCCCUUUCGUACAGAGAGUAGUGCACAAUUGUUAGAAAAAUUAUAUUUAAUGGGAUUGAUUCCAACGAGGUGGGACCUUAGUCUAGCAGAGAAAGUUACAGCAUCAUGUUUUUGUAGGAGGAGGUUAGCCGUUGUUAUGGUUAGAAAUAAAAUGUCCGAAACGAUUAAAGGAGCAACAAAGCUUAUAGAACAAGGCCAUGUAAGGAUUGGCCCUGAACUAGUUAAGGAUCCUGCUUUAUUAGUAACCAGAACUUUAGAAGAUUUUGUUACUUGGGUAGAUAGUUCAAAGAUUAAGCAACAUGUUCUAGAAUAUAAUGGAAUGAGGGACGAUUUUACUUUAUGAGUGGAAUCAAUAAUUACCUGUAUAUUGUAAAGACAUUAGAUACUGCAAAAUAUUUAAUAAAAAUAACUUUUGUUUA